AUGAACAGCUGUUUCCUUGUGCCCUCUUGUCCYCCUUUUCUUGCAGAGCUGCCUGCGAAGUCCCUGGACCUGGCUGCUAUUAACCUGACGGAGCUGGUGAACGGGAUGCUGAGCACUGCGCUCAGAGGUACCAAAAAAUUCUUCUCUUUGCUGAGUGUCACCUCUUACAGCUCGUUUGCCUUCCACAAAGUGUCAGUCACCGUUUAUAACAUCUCCAACGCAAAAAAUAUUGACCCUGGCAAGUUCCCUAUGCACUACUGCUACUGUUUGAACAAUGUGACAAACGACUURACAGAUUUUACRGCUCUACUUGUUGAUAUCAUUGGGAACUCCACCAGUUACCUCACAGAAAUUUUCAAAUCCACUUCCAUCCUCUCAGUGCGUCAGAGCAAUGAUUCUGAUUGUAUCUACAUCUGUGUCAUGGCAGGGCAGACAGGGAAAAAUAUGUCUGAUUUUUUGGAACUACUAGAAAARUCUCCUGUUAUUAAUUACACAUUUUCCAGUAACACAUCAUCUGACCUGGAUCUAGAUUCGAUUUUCUCCAGUUUUGUGAAAUUACAGGAAGACCAAAACAAGACACUGGAUUCAUCAGCAGAACAUGUGUGGACAUUUAAAUCUACCAGGAUCCCCCUCGGCCAGAAAGGAGRGGAAAUUCCCCCCACGAAGGUCCCACCGUGGCCAAAGACAGUUGGAGCCAAAGGAUCGUGGUUCCCAUCACUCCCCGUGGAUGCUCCCAGACCCCAAAGCGUGGCCGGAGCCCCUGUGAGCCCUGGGGGCAGCUCGGCCCCAUUGCCGACCCCACAGCCCGGCCCCGCCGACCUGUCCAUGUUUUGGAUGCAGACAGUGUCUCCACAAGGAGCCAGCAAAGUGAUGCAAACAGAGCCAGAUUUGCCUUCCUCAGUGCUGUCUAUGCCACCUUCCUACAGACCUGGUGUGACAUUGAAAUUUUACUCAGCUACCAGGUGCCCACAAGCAAUGUUCAGAGACCCCCGUGUGACCUCUCCUCCUGUCACUCUCAUGGUGCAGAAGAUCAGUCCCUGUGUGAUGGAGCUCUGUMGGUUCUUUCAGCUGUGCCUCUGUGUCGGUCAGAGAAGAUAUUCCAGAAAGGAAGCCAUGAGGUACUGUGUUGAGUACUAUUCCUGGUUUGUGAAAAAUGCAAGUUAUGUCUGUGAAAGAGUCAAAAGAGUGGCUUAUUCCCACAGUAAGUACACUUUAAAUUUGUAUCUCUAUAUCUCUACAUACCUUAUUAUGAAGAUAUAA